AUGACCCCUGUGCAAGAAACAAUACGCCUUCCAGGCACUUCUUCUCCUACGGUUCCUGAAAACGUCACUUUGGGCGAGUAUCUCUUCCUCAGAAUCUCUCAGGCUAAUCCAAAGUUGAGGUCCAUCUUUGGUAUUCCUGGCGACUUCAAUGUCGAUUUGUUGGAACACUUGUACUCUCCAGUUGUCGCUGGAAGAGACAUAAAGUUUAUUGGCUUAUGUAACGAAUUGAAUGGUGCCUACACUGCUGAUGGAUACUCCAGGGCCAUUGGAGGUUUGAGCACUUUUAUUUCUACAUUCGGUGUUGGUGAAUUGUCGGCCAUUAACGGAAUCGCUGGAUCGUUUGCUGAGUUUUCUCCUGUGCUUCACAUUGUAGGCACCACCUCCUUACCACAACGUGACCAUGCCAUUAACGGCAGCGACGUUAGAAACCACCACCACUUAAUUCAAAACAAGAAUCCUUUGUGUCAGCCAAAUCAUGAUGUCUACAAGAAGAUGAUUGAACCUAUCUCAGUUAUUCAGGAAUCUUUAGACAGUGAUUUGCAAAGGAACAUGGAAAAGAUUGAUAGAGUUUUGGUUAAGAUUCUCCAGGAAUCUAGACCUGGAUACCUCUUUAUCCCUUGUGAUAUUACCAACUUAAUAGUCCCAAGCUAUAGAUUAUAUGAAACCCCAUUACCUCUUGAAAUCCAAUUGACCACUUCUGGCGUCGAAGUAUUAGAAGACGUUGUUGACGCUAUUUUGUUCAGAUUGUACAAGAGUAAGAACCCAUCGUUGUUGUCGGAUUGCUUGACUACCAGAUUCAAUCUUCAAGACAAGUUGAAUACACUUGUUGCUAAAUUACCUUCCAACUUCGUCAAGUUGUUUUCGACAAACAUGGCUAGAAACAUAGAUGAGUCGCUCAGCAACUUUGUAGGUCUUUACUUUGGCAUUGGUUCUUCAAGCAAGGAAGUGUCCAGACAAUUGGAGAGAAACACCGAUUUCUUGAUCAAUUUGGGAUACUUUAAUGCUGAAACUACGACUGCUGGUUAUUCCAAUGACUUCUCCAAUAUCGAGGAGUAUAUUGAAAUCAACCCUGAUUACAUCAAGGUCAAUGAACACAUCAUUAACAUUAAAAAUCCUGAGUCUGGAAAGAGGUUGUUCUCUAUGGGCCAGUUGUUGGAUGCAUUACUCUUUAAAUUAGACCUCAACAAGAUUGAGAACAUAAACAACAAUAAUAUUAGCUACAAGUUCUUCCCACCAACUUUAUAUGAGCAAGACAACAAUACCGAUUACAUUCCACAAACAAAACUAGUGGACUAUUUGAAUGAGAAUUUGCAGCCUGGUGAUCUUUUGGUAAUGGACACCAUGUCAUUCUGCUUUGCUUUACCUGACAUAAUGCUUCCACAAGGUGUUCAAUUAUUAACCCAGAAUUACUAUGGAUCCAUUGGCUAUGCAUUGCCAUCCACUUUCGGUGCUACCAUGGCAGUCAAUGACCUUGGUAGUGAUAGAAGAAUCAUCUUAAUUGAAGGUGAUGGGGCAGCCCAGAUGACUAUCCAGGAAUUGUCUUCGUUCCUCAAAUACAAGGAAUUUUUGCCAAACAUGCCUAAGAUCUUCUUGAUCAAUAACGAUGGUUACACUGUCGAGAGAAUGAUUAAGGGACCAACCAGAUCAUACAAUGACAUCAAUGGUGAAUGGAGUUGGACACAAUUGCUUGGUGUGUUUGGAGAUAAAGAGCAAAAGUACCACUCUACUGCCUUGUUGCGCAAUGUCAACGAAUUCAACAAGUAUUUUGAAUUUCAAAGGCAGACUGACAAUUCUAAGUUGGAGUUCAUUGAGUUGAUAGCCGGCAAAUACGAUUGUCCUCUUAGAUUUAGCGAAAUGUUUUGCAAGAAAUAG